CGCAACCAUGAUAAUCUGGUCACAUUGUGGACCCGUAUCACAAGACACCCACAACACAAAACAAUCAAAUCCUUUUGACUACUAUUUCGUCCACGUAAGGAAAGCUUAUCGCAAUGUCGUGGGUCUCCGACUAUCAAUACACCUGGCUGGAAUCCACUACGAUGCAGGUGCUACGCGCCUGUGGCCACAUUCCACACCACGUAGCCUUUGUUAUGGACGGCAAUCGACGGUUCGCACGAUCGCAGCAGAUUGAUAAGAUUGAGGGCCAUUCCCGCGGCUUUGCUAAGCUGGCAGAUUGCCUUCGCUGGUGCCUGGACAUUGGCGUCCGUGAGGUGACCACCUUUGCCUUCAGCAUAGAGAACUUUAAGCGCUCCAGCGAAGAGGUUGAAGGUCUCUUUAAUUUGGCCCGGGAGAAGUUCGCCCGGCUUCUGGAGGAGACCGACCGAUUAAAUGAGCAUGGAAUUCGCAUUCGUGUUAUUGGCAACAUUGGAUUGCUUCCCAAAGACCUCCAGAAACUGGUGGCAACAGCGAUGCUCAGUACCGAGCAGAAUGACAAGCUCUUCCUCAACGUGGCCUUUGCUUACACGUCGCGGGACGAGAUUACGCAGGCUGUGGAAACUGUCCUGCUUCACUCCUCUGAAGAUCUGCGCCCGGAGGAUAUCAACGAGCGGCUGAUAGAAGAGUGCCUUUAUACACGUCAUUCUCCGCCUCCGGAUCUGGUUUUUCGAACGUCCGGCGAGACCCGAUUGAGUGACUUUAUGAUGUGGCAGCUAAGCACUUCAGUGCUUUACUUCAGCAAUGUCCUGUGGCCCCAAAUCACUUUUUGGCAUUUCCUGGCCAGCAUUCUAGCCUAUCAGCGCGACCGAUGGCAGCUAGACGACUUCAGACGGUCGGAACGACUGCAGAGUCUGCAAUUGGCAAAGAGUCAUGACUUCUACAGCGAGCGGAUGCAGAAAUUCCUGGCUAUCAUAGACGAGGACCGGCGAAAACUUUUGGUGCGACUAGCCGCCAACUAGUGUUUGUGAUAUGAUAUUAGAUAAAGCUGAGUAACGUUGUGCAAAUAGCUGCCAAGGCCCUGCAGCCUUCUUCCAGAGUUCUAUGAGAGAUUUCUUUAUUAAAAUACACUUGUUUAAGAUAUUCACCUGGUUUCGUGUUUACGGCGAAAGAAACACUUCUAGUUAAAACAAAAAUUACCUUAAAAUAUUAAUUUAAUGCCUUACUAAACACUUUCUACACGAAA